AUGUUAAGAGCAUGUGCAAUUCAGUUUCGAGGUGAUUGGGAUGAGAAGUUGCCAUUCAUGGAGUUUGCUUAUAACAACAGUUACCAGCUGAGUAUCAGAAUGUCUCUAUUAUUUGCUCUGUAUGGGAAACAGUGUAGAACACCCUUGUAUUGGGAUGAAGUGGGUGAGCAUAGGCUAGAGGUGUCAGAAGAUGUUGAAAGAACAAAGAAAUAUGUUGGAUUAAUCAGAGAAAGACUCAAGGUGGCCCGGGAUCAACAGAAAAGUUAUGCAGAUAACAGGAGGAAGGAUCUUCAGUUAGAGGUUGGCGACUGGGUAUUUUUAAAGUUAUCACCUUGGAAGGGUGUAAUGAGAUUUGGAAAACGGGGAAAGUUAAGUCCUCGUUAUAUUGGGCCAUAUGAGAUUUUGGAGCGUAUGGGCCCAGUAGCUUAUAGGCUUACAUUGCCUUCAGACCUUUCCCGGUUGCAUGAUGUAUUCCAUGUUUCCAUGCUCCGAAAAUAUAUCUCCGAUCCUUCCCAUGUUCUAGAGGAACAACCAGUAGAUUUGGAGGAUGACUUGACUUAUGUAGAGCAGCCAGUUCAAAUUUUGGAUUAG